UUGAUAAAGAUCACUUUAAUUUCUUCAUGUUUUCAAGGCACCUUGCAUGAGUUGAGUUGAGUUGAGUUUUGCAUGCAAUUAUUGUUUCAUUCGGGCAAAAAGGGUUGAAAGAGAAUUUGCCAAAAUAGGUAAACAAAAGAAGGAACAUAAUGGAGGAGAGAGCAGUAGCUCAUCCUCCUCUGAAGGAGGCUCUCCUAGGAAAGGCUCAAAAAUGGGUGAGACAAAGACACCAUUGUUCGAUGGUCCCGAUUCCUUGGAGACAACAGAGCUACACCAUGCUCCCGAGGGUCUAGUUGACACAAAAGUAGGAGACUAUAGUGCUAUAAUUAACACUAGAGAUUUAAAAAAUGUGUUCACUCUCGAAUCCAUAAAGCUUUGGGAAAUUGGUGGCCCCAUUGCUUUUGGUGUACUAUGCAAUUAUGCUGUCAAUUCCUUCACAAAUAUCUUUGUUGGCCACAUUGGAAAUGUAGAACUCUCUGCAGUGUCAAUCUCUCUCUCAGUCAUUUCAAAUUUCUCUUUUGGCUUCUUGCUCGGUAUGGCAAGUGCACUAGAGACUUUAUGUGGGCAAGCAUAUGGUGCUGGACAAGUAGAAAUGCUAGGGGUUUACAUGCAACGUUCUUGGAUAAUCUUAUUUGGUGCAUGCAUCUGCCUCUUGCCAAUUUACAUUUAUGCUGAGCCAGUCUUAAUACUUCUUGGACAAGAACGUGAGAUUGCAGAGUUAGCUGGAGUAUUCACCCUCCAAUCAAUCCCUCAGAUGUUUUCUCUAGCUCUCAAUUUUCCCACCCAAAAAUUCUUGCAGGCACAAAGCAAAGUGGGGUUCCUGGCAUGGCUUGGUUUUGGAGCCCUUCUUUUCCACAUUGUGAUUCUAUUUAUUCUAAUGAAAGUGUGUGCUUUGGGUACAACUGGUGCUGCUGCAGCAUAUUGCACAACAGCUUGGGUCAUUGCUUUGGCUCAAACGGCCUAUGUUAUGGGUUGGUGCAAGGAUGGGUGGAGUGGCUUCUCAUGGUUGGCCUUCAAUGAUCUUUGGUCAUUUGUGAAAUUGUCUAUUGCUUCUGCAGUCAUGCUUUGCCUAGAGGUUUGGUAUUUUAUGAUCUUGAUUGUUCUCACUGGACACCUUGAAGAUCCAGUUAUUGCUGUUGGUUCUCUUUCAAUAUGCAUGAAUAUCAAUGGAUGGGAAGGUAUGUUAUUUAUAGGGAUCAAUGCAGCAGUGAGUGUGAGAGUUUCCAAUGAGCUUGGAUCAGGACGGCCAAGAGCAGCAAAAUAUUCUGUCAUUGUCACAGUUGUUGAGUCCCUCAUCAUUGGAAUAAUUUGUGCAGCCAUUAUUUUAAUCACAAAAGAUCAUUUUGCUAUCAUUUUCACUAAAAGUAAAGACAUGAUGAAAGCAGUUUCUAAAUUAGCAGGCCUUCUUGGAGUAACCAUGGUUCUGAAUAGUAUUCAGCCGGUAAUAUCAGGUGUUGCUGUUGGAGGAGGUUGGCAGGCUUUGGUAGCUUACAUCAAUCUAUUCUGUUAUUAUAUCAUCGGACUCCCUCUUGGUAUCAUUUUUGGUUACAAGUUGGGUUAUAGAGUGAAGGGUAUUUGGGUUGGAAUGAUCUGUGGUACAGCGUUGCAAACUACCAUCUUGUUGCUCAUUGUCUACAGAACAAACUGGAACAAGGAGGUUGAGCAAGCAUCAGAACGAUUGCGGAAAUGGUCGGGACAAGAAUUUGAAACUAAUAGUAACAUGGAAACUAAUCAAACAGCCACAAAAUAAUCUCUUUCAAGCCUAGAGAUCGCUACAUAGUGAUGCUUAAAGUGGACUUCAUCUCUCUUAAAGAAGCUUUCUUCAUAUGCUUAAGAAAUUUAGCCAUCUGCAAAUUAUGUUGGACAAUUUUGGUGGAUCUGCUUUCUUUGAUAGUUUUGUAUUUGUAAAUAUUCAUAUUAUCUAUAUCAUUAUAUA